AUGGUCGCGCACUCCCCCAAAACUCCCAAAUUAUGUCCUCCCUCCUCCGAAGCGUUGUCCUACCUGGCCAACGCUGGUCACCAUCUCAGCGUUGUCAUGGGUCUAAGCUGUCAGGACAGUUCAUCCAACUUCACAACAUUGAUUAAUAUGCUAUUUGUGCAGGGAGAUGAUGUUUGUGCAAUUUGUGACGAUGGUGGCUAUAUAACUUGCUGUGAUGGUGGAUGUCUGAGGUCUUUCCACCUAACCGAAGAACACGGUGAAGGUUCUAAGUGUGGAUCCCUUGGGCUUACUAGUGAACAAGCAAAGAUGAUAAGUGAUAAGAAAGAUUUUAUAUGCAAGAACUGCAAGUAUACGAAACAUCGGUGUUCUGCCUGUGGAUUAUUGGGGUCUUCAGACUUGUCAUCAGGAGCCGAGGUAUUCCAAUGUAAGGACUACGACUGUGGGCACUUUUACCACCCUAAGUGUGUUGCUGAACUGCUGCACCCUGAUAGCAAAUUCCGGGCCACCAUUUUUGAGCACGUGCAUAAAUGUAGUGUGAGUUAUGGAGGAGAGAAUAAGGAUGAUAAGGAUAUGCAGUUUGCAGUAUGCAGGCUCUGCCCAACUACAUACCACAGGAAGUGUUUGCCCAGUGAUAUCCCCUUCGAAGCGAAGGAAGGUCACAAUGGUUACAUUUUUCAAAGGGCAUGGGAUGGCAUUCUUCGUGAUCGAAUUAUGAUAUACUGAAGCAUGAGAUCGUAAAAGAGCUAGGAAUUCCCCAAAUGAAACAUCUCAUCUUUCCUGAUGCCAAAAAUCACUGUGUGGCAAAAGGUCCUGAAAGUGCACCCAAGGAACAAGAGCUACACGACCACCCAUUAUCUGAACAGUCUCAGUCUCUUCCACCAGCUGCAGGAAACCAGAAUCAGUUCUUCUGCUCCAAUCCCAUGGACUCAUUUGCACCAAAGUCCUUGUUUCCGCAUCCAUAUCCAGGCUCCUGUGGUUGGAUCGAUAAUGGACCAUCCGACCUCUCUGUCCCUUGUAGAUAAAACCAACAGUAACAGGCCCUUUGCAAAAGUGCAAAGACAGUGGCAGCUUGGGUCUGUUAGAUAUCAGAAAAGUUAUAACUAUAGAAAACCCUGGGUUUUAUGGCUUGUGGCACAUAUCCCUAGGUUUUACUCAUUUGGUUUUAGAAAGCCCUACCCUAUGCAAGUCUAAGCGAUGACUUGCCAGUGCCACCUGCAGUGAUGGCGGAUGAACAUGGUGUUCUUGUUGUUGGUGUGCCGUGAUACAUGAACCUGCAAUACAGGGUUAUCCCCACCUGCAGUGAUGGUGGAUGAACAUGGUUUUCUUGUUGGUGGUGUGCCAUGAUAUUCAAAACCUGCAGUGCAGAGUGAUGCUUCAGGUUGCAGUGGUUGAUCAGAUCAGGUAGGAAUUACUCGCUGCGAGGUUCUUUGAAACCGUAUGGCAUAAAGCCGAUAAGCUACCAAAGGUUAUAAAACCUGGAUUAGUUUACACCAUGUAAUGUCUGUAGGACCGUGAGACCAUAUCGUGCGAUGAUAUGAGGGUGAGCUAUUUCUAUGAAAAUUUCGAAGAUUGAGCAUAAUGUUCGCUUUACCUAGAACUGACAAUUCUUGAA